ACACACACUCCUCGCUCACUCUCUAUAAAUUCAUCAUUUCCCUGUCUUCCAUCCAUUGAUCUCAAACGAACAGUCAUACAUAGCGGCGGCGCAGUUUUCUCUCUUUCUCACUUUUCGCGUUUGAAUCUGAAACCGUUUUCAGGUUCGUUUCUGCAAUCUGUGACUGUUGAUUGCACAGAAGAUCACCUGUUUGAUGUGACUUCAAACGAAUCUCUUCAGAUCUGUUGUUGCAUUUAAAAUCGAUUCACGUAGAAAAAUUAAAAUAACAAUUGAACGCGGAUCUUUCUUUAUUUUAUUGAGAAUCUCCCGAAACGAUGUCGCGUUCUCUCUCGCUCCCGACGCUUCCGACGGCGAGGACGACUCUGCCAUGCGAAAACGAGAGCUCCGCGGUGUUCAACGCGCGGUGUGCGGCGAGGGUGACGAGGUUUUUCGGAACGCGGUUGCGUUCGAGCGGGAGGAGCCUCGGUUCGGGGCGGCUUCACGUUUGGCAAAUGGAGGGGCCGGGUCGGGCGCCGAAGCUGAGGGUCGUGGUUCGCUCGGCUAUGUCCGCCGUGCCGAACAAGCCGCUCGGCCUUUACGAUCCGGCGAUGGACAAGGACUCAUGCGGCGUGGGAUUCGUGGCGGAACUGUCCGGCGAAAGCAGCCGCAAAACGGUGACCGAUGCUUUGGAGAUGCUGGUGCGCAUGACGCACAGAGGCGCUUGCGGGUGCGAAGCCAACACUGGUGAUGGAGCUGGGAUUAUGGUUGCUCUUCCUCACCAGUUUUACAAGGAGGUUGUGGAUUUUGAGCUUCCUCCCCUAGGAUCUUAUGCAGUUGGCAUGCUUUUCUUGCCUACAUGCAACAGUCGCUGGGAAAAGAGCAAAAAUGUAUUUCAAAAGGUUGCCGAAUCUCUGGGGCAUUCUGUUCUUGGUUGGCGUUCUGUGCCCACUGAUAACACAGAAUUGGGCAAAUCGGCCCUGCUAACUGAACCAGUGAUCGAACAAGUGUUUCUUACUCCAAGUACCAAGUCAAAAGUUGAUUUGGAAAGACAGAUGUAUAUAUUAAGGAAGCUUUCCAUGGUUGCUAUAACAUCUGCAUUAGACCUCCAUAAUGAUGGCAUCACAGAUUUCUACAUCUGUUCACUUUCAUCAAGGACUGUUGUUUACAAAGGUCAGUUAACACCAGCUCAGUUGAAGGAUUACUAUUUUGCAGACCUUGGCAAUGAAAGGUUUACGAGCUACAUGGCCCUGGUGCAUUCACGAUUUUCUACAAACACUUUUCCUAGUUGGGAUCGUGCUCAACCUAUGCGUGUAUUGGGCCACAAUGGAGAAAUCAACACACUUAAAGGGAAUGUAAACUGGAUGAAGGCACGUGAAGGCCUACUGAAAAGCAAGGAGCUUGGGCUAUCGGAGAAUGAGUUAAAGAAGCUUUUGCCUAUUGUCAAUGCAAAUUCAUCUGAUUCAGGAGCUUUUGAUAGUGUCCUUGAGUUUUUGAUUCAGUCUGGAAAAAGUCUUCCUGAAGCUGUUAUGAUGAUGAUUCCUGAAGCAUGGCAAAAUGACAAGAACAUGGAUCCUCAGCGUAAAGCAUUUUAUGAAUACUUUUCAGCUCUCAUGGAGCCAUGGGAUGGGCCAGCUCUUAUAGCAUUUACUGAUGGCCACUAUCUUGGAGCAACCUUGGACAGGAAUGGGCUGCGACCAGGCCGCUUUUAUGUCACCCACAGUGGACGAGUUGUAAUGGCGAGUGAAGUUGGGGUUGUAGACAUUCCUCUAGAAGACGUGUGUAGGAAGGGAAGACUAAAUCCUGGCAUGAUGCUUCUUGUGGAUUUUGAGAAGCAUAUUGUUGUAAAUGAUGAUGCCUUAAAGGAACAGUAUUCAUUGGCAAGGCCAUAUGGGGAGUGGCUGAAAAGACAGAAGUUAGAACUGAAAGACAUAGUUGAUUCUGUCCAUGAAUCUGAAAGAGUGCCACCAACAAUAGCAGGAGUGGUGCAAACAUCUGGUGAAGACGUGGAUAUGGAAAAUAUGGGAAUUCAUGGUUUACUGGCUCCUUUGAAAGCUUUUGGAUAUACAAUUGAAUCCUUGGAAAUGUUAUUACUUCCCAUGGCAAAAGAUGGGACGGAAGCCCUUGGGUCAAUGGGAAAUGAUACUCCAUUAGCCGUCAUGUCUAAUAGAGAAAAACUCACUUUUGAGUACUUCAAGCAAAUGUUUGCCCAAGUGACAAACCCACCGAUUGAUCCUAUUCGAGAGAAAAUAGUCACUUCCAUGGAAUGUAUGGUUGGUCCAGAAGGUGACUUGACAGAAAUCACUGAGGCACAAUGCCUUUCCCUAAAAGGUCCCCUUUUAUCCAUCGAAGAAAUGGAAGCCCUUAAAAGAAUGAAUUACCGGGGAUGGCGGAGCAAAGUUAUAGAUAUAACAUACUCAAAAGGCCGUGGUAAGAAAGGGUUGGAGGAAGCCUUGGACAGAAUAUGUGCAGAAGCACAUGAUGCAAUUAGUCAUGGCUACACUACCCUUGUGCUGUCUGAUAGAGCCUUCUCAAGGAAACGCGUUGCUGUGAGCUCCCUACUGGCUGUUGGUGCUGUCCAUCAAUAUCUAGUGAAAACACUUGAGCGUACUAGAGUUGCCUUGGUAAUAGAAUCUGCCGAGCCACGUGAAGUGCACCAUUUCUGCACACUUGUUGGCUUCGGUGCUGAUGCUGUAUGUCCAUAUUUGGCUGUAGAGGCAAUUUGGCGAUUACAGGUUGAUGGAAAGAUACCACCAAAAGCAAGUGGUGAAUUAUACUCAAAAGAUGAGUUGGUUAAGAAGUAUUUCAAAGCAAGCAUCUAUGGAAUGAUGAAGGUGCUUGCGAAGAUGGGAAUAUCUACUUUGGCCUCUUACAAAGGUGCUCAGAUUUUUGAAGCUCUGGGUCUUUCUUCAGAAGUUAUUGAAAGGUGCUUUGCUGGAACCCCGAGUCGAGUUGAGGGUGCAACAUUUGAGAUGCUUGCUCGUGUCGCUCUUCAAUCGCACGAGUUAGCAUUUCCUUCUCGGGUUUUCUCUCCUGGAAGUGCUGAAGCAAUAGCAUUGCCAAAUCCUGGGGAUUAUCAUUGGAGAAAAGGUGGUGAAAUUCACCUGAAUGAUCCACUUGCCAUAUCAAAGCUUCAGGAGGCUGCCAGAACUAACAGCAUAGAUGCAUAUAAACAGUACUCUAAGCUCAUUCAUGAGUUAAAUAAAGCUUGCAAUUUGCGGGGACUUCUGAAAUUUAAAGAGGCAGCAGUGAAAGUUCCUCUUGAUGAAGUAGAGCCUGCUAGUGAGAUAGUUAAACGGUUUUGCACUGGAGCCAUGAGUUAUGGGUCAAUAUCAUUGGAGGCACACACUGCAUUGGCAACUGCUAUGAAUAAGAUUGGAGGGAAAUCCAACACAGGUGAGGGAGGUGAGCAGCCAUCUCGUAUGGAGCCUCUUCCUGAUGGCUCAAGGAACCCGAAAAGGAGUGCUAUCAAGCAGGUAGCUAGCGGGAGAUUUGGAGUUUCAAGUUACUAUCUGACAAAUGCCGAUGAAUUGCAGAUAAAGAUGGCCCAGGGCGCAAAACCUGGUGAGGGUGGUGAACUUCCUGGCCACAAGGUUAUAGGAGACAUUGCUGUCACAAGGAAUUCAACUCCUGGUGUAGGACUUAUCAGCCCACCUCCUCAUCAUGAUAUUUACUCCAUUGAAGAUCUUGCCCAAUUAAUUCAUGAUCUAAAGAAUGCCAACCCUGCUGCUCGAAUUAGUGUGAAGUUGGUAUCUGAAGCUGGAGUUGGUGUAGUUGCCAGUGGAGUUGUUAAAGGCCAUGCUGAUCAUGUCUUGAUCUCUGGCCAUGAUGGAGGUACAGGGGCAUCCAGAUGGACUGGCAUAAAGAAUGCUGGUCUCCCUUGGGAACUUGGCUUGGCGGAGACCCAUCAAACUUUGGUUGCUAAUGACCUUAGGGGUCGCACAGUUGUCCAAACUGACGGGCAACUUAAAACAGGAAGAGAUGUGGCCAUAGCCGCUCUUCUUGGUGCAGAAGAAUUUGGUUUCAGUACAGCUCCACUCAUUACACUUGGUUGCAUCAUGAUGCGCAAGUGCCACAAGAAUACCUGCCCUGUUGGCAUUGCCACCCAAGAUCCAGUACUUAGAGAGAAGUUUGCUGGAGAACCUGAGCAUGUCAUUAACUUCUUUUUCAUGAUAGCAGAAGAAAUGAGAGAAAUUAUGUCCCAGCUUGGGUUUCGGACUGUCAAUGAGAUGGUUGGCCGUUCAGAUAUGCUCGAAGUUGAUAAAGAAGUUGUUAAAAGCAAUGAGAAACUAGAGAACAUUAACCUCUCUUUAUUGCUUAGACCUGCAGCUGAACUGCGGCCAGAAGCUGCUCAGUACUGUAUUCAAAAACAAGAUCAUGGUUUGGACAUGGCCUUGGAUAAUAAGCUUAUAAGUCUGUCCAGAGCUGCUUUGGAAAAGGGUCUCCAGGUAUACAUAGAAAGUCCAAUCUAUAAUGUAAACCGUGCUGUGGGAACAAUGCUAAGCCAUGAGGUGACUAAAAGGUACCACUUAAAGGGUCUUCCAACUGACACUAUUCAUAUCAGAUUUAAGGGCAGUGCAGGUCAGAGCUUUGGCGCAUUCCUCUGUCCUGGCAUCACUUUGGAACUUGAAGGCGAUGGCAAUGACUAUGUUGGUAAAGGAUUGUCAGGUGGCAAGAUUGUAGUAUAUCCUCCAAAGGUAAGUACCUUUGACCCUGAGAAGAAUAUUGUAAUUGGUAAUGUGGCUCUAUAUGGGGCCACAACUGGUGAGGCAUAUUUCAAUGGGAUGGCAGCUGAAAGAUUCUGCGUGCGUAAUUCUGGGGCUAAGGCAGUAGUGGAAGGUGUUGGCGAUCAUGGAUGUGAGUACAUGACCGGUGGGAUAGUUGUUGUGCUUGGAAACACAGGCAGAAAUUUUGCUGCAGGUAUGAGUGGUGGGAUUGCUUAUGUUCUUGACAUGGAUGGAAAAUUCCUAUCUCGGUGCAACAGUGAGCUUGUAGAUCUGGAUAAGAUUGAAGAGGAAGAGGAUAUUAGUACUCUUAGAAUGUUGAUACAACAACAUCAGCGCCACACAAAUAGUGGGCUUGCCAAAGAAGUGCUCGCUAACUUUGAGAAUCUCCUUCCAAAAUUUAUCAAGGUUUUCCCUAAGGAGUAUAAACAAGUUUUGGCAACUAUGAAAUUGAAGGAAGCCACCAAAAAUGCAGCAGAGCCUGCUUCUAAACAUCGAGAGGGGCAAGAUGAAAUAGAAUUGGUGGAGAAAGAUGCUUUUGAAGAGCUCAAGAAAGUAGCUACUGCAUCGUUGAAUGGGAAGCCUAGUCAGGAUGAAGCAUCCAAGAGGCCUAGUCAAGUAAGUGAUCCUGUUAAACAUGGAGGUUUUGUUGCUUAUGAGCGGGAAGGUGUCCAGUACAGGGAUCCCAAUGCUCGAAUAAAUGAUUGGAAAGAAGUGAUGAUGGAAACAAAGCCUGGCCCACUUUUGAAAACACAAUCAGCCCGUUGCAUGGACUGUGGUACUCCUUUCUGUCAUCAGGAAAAUUCUGGGUGUCCUCUUGGAAAUAAAAUACCAGAAUUUAAUGAGUUAGUGUACCAAAAUAGGUGGCGUGAAGCAUUAGAGAGGCUUCUUGAGACAAAUAACUUCCCAGAGUUUACUGGUAGGGUAUGCCCAGCACCUUGUGAAGGUUCUUGUGUCCUUGGUAUUAUUGAGAAUCCAGUAUCUAUUAAAAGCAUAGAAUGUGCUAUUAUAGACAAAGCUUUUGAGGAGGGUUGGAUGGUGCCACGACCUCCAGCUAGGAGAACUGGGAAAAGAGUGGCCGUUGUUGGAAGUGGACCAGCUGGCUUGGCAGCUGCUGAUCAACUGAAUAAAAUGGGCCAUACAGUAACUGUAUACGAAAGAGCUGAUAGGAUUGGAGGGCUCAUGAUGUAUGGGGUUCCCAACAUGAAAGCUGACAAAGUGGAUAUAGUUCAACGGCGGGUCAACCUUAUGGCAGAGGAGGGAAUUAACUUUGUGGUGAAUGCUAAUAUCGGGCAUGAUGCUUUAUACUCUCUUGAUAGGCUUCGAGAGGAAAAUGAUGCCAUUGUCUUGGCUGUAGGAGCCACAAAACCAAGGGAUCUCCCGGUACCUGGGCGGGAGCUAUCAGGAGUUCAUUUUGCUAUGGAGUUUCUUCAUGCAAACACUAAAAGCUUGCUUGAUAGCAAUCUCGAGGAUGGUAACUUCAUUUCUGCCAAGGGAAAGAAAGUUGUGGUCAUUGGUGGGGGUGACACGGGCACAGAUUGCAUAGGGACAUCCAUUCGGCAUGGGUGUACUAGCAUUGUAAAUUUGGAACUUCUCCCUCAGCCACCACAAACUAGGGCUCCUGGCAAUCCUUGGCCACAGUGGCCUCGCAUUUACCGUGUAGAUUAUGGGCACCAAGAAGGAGCAGCUAAAUUUGGGAAAGAUCCAAGAUCUUAUGAGGUAUUGACUAAGCGGUUUGUGGGAGAUGAAAAUGGAGUUUUGAAGGGACUUGAAGUGGUACGUGUUCGCUGGGAGAAGGAUGAAACUGGGAAGUUUCAAUUUAAGGAAAUCGAAGGUUCUGAGGAGAUUAUUGAGGCUGACCUAGCUUUACUGGCCAUGGGAUUCCUUGGCCCUGAGUCUACAAUUGCAGAGAAGUUGGGCAUAGAGCGAGACAAUAGGUCAAACUUGAAGGCAGAGUAUGGUCGCUUUUCAACGAGUGUUAGAGGGGUGUUUGCAGCUGGAGAUUGUCGACGCGGUCAGUCCCUGGUGGUAUGGGCAAUUUCAGAGGGACGACAAGCUGCAGCACAAGUUGACAGUUACCUCACAAAUGAAGAUAUAGAGCACGGUAUUGCUGGGAAUCCAGAUGAACUUAUCAAGAAGCAGCAGGACCUAACCAAGAGGGGCACCGUGGCAGUGGCAAACAAACAAUGAUGACUUCGGAGCCUUCUUUGAUUCUUCGUUUCUUACAGCACUAGUUACUAGGUAGAAUAAAUAAAAGAAAAUAUGGCUUCAAGGUUGUGCUAGAGAUUCAUUGAACAUUAUUGAUUGGGAGUUGGUGCGCCAUAUACAUUUAAGCGGGGAAAUAAUAAAGAAAGGAGAUUUAGUAUACGCAAAGCAAGAUGUUUGUUUUGCCGUAUAGUGCAUAAGGGUACAAGGUUAGAGCAUAGGAAAUUAUAAAUGUUUAUAGCUUUUAUGCAGAAGCUUCGUGUUGGAAACAGGGAAGGUUAGUUCUUAGUUAAUUAUGGUCUUAUGUGGAAUGAAAUGUACAGUUUCAUGAUUAAUGAUUUAAGAUUAUUGUUUCCAAUUUAAAUCGCUUUGAGUGAGUAUUGAUGUUCUA